AAAAAGUAAAAGAAACUGAAAUCUGCUACGAUUUUGUAUAUUUUAGUAAAAUGGUUAAAGUAAAACUGGAACACGCUGAAGAAACGGAUGUUUCUAUUAAGGUCGGCGAAAAUACGACUAUUAAGGAAGAAGAGACCUAUGACGAUAAAUUGCUUUUUAUAAAUGCUAUAGCGAAACCAAUGGCAAGCAAAAAGCUGGCCAAAAAAUGUUAUAAAUUGGUUAAGAAAGCCAUGAAGCAUAAAACCUAUUUGCGAAACGGAUUGAAGGAUGUCCAAACGCGUUUGAGGAAAGGUGAAACAGGGAUUUGCAUUUUCGCUGGGGAUGUGACGCCUGUUGAUAUUAUGUGCCAUCUGCCGGCGGUUUGUGAGGAGAAAGGUAUUCCCUAUACUUAUACUCCUAGUCGUGCUGACCUCGGCGCUGCCAUGGGCGUUAAGAGGGGUACUGUGGCUCUGCUUGUGCGACAAAAUGAUGAAUACAAAGAUCUAUACGAUGAAGUUAAAGAAGAAUUGUCUAACCUAAAUAUUCCCGUUUGAACUCGUAAAACUAAUUCAUAUUUCUUUAAGCAUUUU